AGUUACUCUCCUGCUCCUCCUUCCCCCCCCGCAGGGGCUGCUGAGUAAUAGGGAGGAUGCUGAUCCGACUCCCGGGGAAGCCGCACAGUCUGACAGGGAGAGAGAGGCAGGAGGGUUAUUAGCCCCACAGCACCACAGGGGUUAAUCCGGAGGAACGGUGGGAAGGAGCGGCGACUCUGCAAUGUCUGACCUCUAGCAGGGGUAGGGGCACUAAACUGCGCCAAGGGGGGAGCAGGUCUCACAACACCCAGCCUGAAGUGCCCCCCAGUCUGACGUGCCCCCCUGGCACCCCGGGGAGAGCUGAGCGAGAGGCGCCACUGCGGAGUCACUCUUGGAAACAUCCUACGAUGAAGAACAAAACCACGCUUGAUGACUAAGGAUACCGUAUUCCCAGAAGAACUGGCUCGUUAACAAGACCGACAGCAGCAGCUCUCCAUAAAAAACAUCUUAUCCCUUCCGGAUAUUCAACUUAUUAGUGAUAAAUAGGUCUUCUACUACCUCUGCACUUUCCGAUAUGGACAACUAAAGCCAGUGUCAUGGUCCUACGCCACCAGUUCUAGAACAGUAGGGGGGAGAUGUUUAAAUAAAACGACUAACAACAUACAAGCUGGAGAUAAAGGUUGAUGGAACUAACCAGACAUCUGGUAUGGGAUUACUAAUAGUUCCUAGGACUGAGGAACUAGAUGCCUAUCUGGUCUGGGAUUAGUAACUGGUCCUUAGAUUAAGAAGCCCCUUUUCUCUGUGGGUCGUUGGAUCUCGUCAAACCGGAGUGCCUAUCUAGUGUUGGAUUACAAAUAGUUCCUUAGUUACAGGAGGCAGAGGGAUGAUGGAUCUCAUAAAUGUUGGAGAGGGAUUGCUUGAACUGGAUUCCUAUCUGGUCCAGCAUUACUAACGGUUCCUUGGUUAAGGGAGUCAGGUUCUCUGAGGGUCACAGGAUCAUAUCAAUGUCAUAGUUGCUUGACCGGUCAUUGGAUCUCAUCAAGGUUGCUUGAUAAAGAACUGGAUUCCUAUCUGGUCCAGCAUUACUAACUGUUCCUUGGUUGAUGGAGUCCGUUUCUCUGAGGGUCACUGGAUCUCAUCAAUGUCAUAGUUGCUUGACUGGUCAUUGGAUCUCAUCAAACUGGAGUGCCUAGUGUUGGAUUACAAAUUGUAUCUUUGUACAGAGGCAGAGGGCUGUCAGAUCUCCUCAAGGUUGGAGAGGGAUAUUCCUAUCUGGUCUAGGGUUACUAAAUGUUCCUUAGUUGAAGGAGUAAUUUUUUUGAGGGUCUUUGAAUCUCUCAUCAAGAUCACAGAGCGAUUGCUCGAUAAAGAACUGGAUUCCUAUCUGGUCCAGCAUUACUAACUGUUCCUUGGUUGAUGGAGUCCGUUUCUCUGAGGGUCACUGGAUCUCAUCAAUGUCAUAGUUGCUUGACAAAAAACUGGGUCUUGGAUUACAAAUUGUUUCUUUGAUAGAGGAGGCAGAGGGCAGUCGGAUCUCCUCAAGGUUGGAGAGGGAUAUCCCUAUCUGGUCUAGGGUUACUAAAUGUUUCUUGAGGGUCUUUGGAUCUCAUCAAGAUCACAGAGGGAUUGCUCGAUAAAGAACUGGAUUCCUAUCUGCUCUAGCAUUACUCAUUGUUUCUUUGUUGAAGGAGUCAGUUUCUCUGAGGGUCAUUGGAUCUCAUCGAGAUCACAGAGGAAUUGCUUAAUAAAGAACUGAAUUCCUAUCUGCUCUAGCAUUACUCAUUGUUUCUUUGUUGAAGGAGUCAGUUUCUCUGAAGGUCAUUGGAUCUCAUCGAGGUCACAGAGAAAUUGCUUAAUAAAGAACUGAAUUCCUAUCUGGUCUAGGAUUAGUCAUUGUUUCUCAGAUGAAGGAGCCACAUCCCUGAGGAACGGUGGAUCUCAUCAAGGUCAUAUAGGGAUUGUAGAUUCCUAGAAAUUGUGGGAUUGCUAACUAUAAGGACCUAAUAUCACCACGAGGUAUAUGAGGGAAACCUUGGAAGACCUAUAUAAACAUGAUCUUGCAACUCCUUAGAGUUGUAAGGCAAGAUAUCCAUGAAAUAAUGGAUAAUGGUGCAAAGACAAUCCAUGGUGUUAUUAAGACACUACUGUUGAUGGCAUUAACUUGGGAUUGCCCAAUAGGAACUUAUCCGUGACCAUAGGCUAACCAUGAGUUAUCAAGAAAUAAUGGACCCCUGUGCGCUGAACCUUAGCUGCUUUCAUAUAAAUGAGCAGGAGAAGAACAGUGGGCCUAAUAUCACUCUGCUCAACGAUAAGGCGUUUGUCCUCCCAAUUUUCUCCACCGCCGCAAAGAUACGGGUGGCCAUUACAUGUAUCCUCUUCGUCUUCUCAACUUGCUUCAACGUGGCUGCCCUGUGGACGAUCACCUACAAGUACAGGAAGAAAUCCCACAUCCGCAUCCUUAUUAUCAACUUGGUGGCCGCUGACCUCUUCAUUACUCUGGUUGUCAUGCCCUUGGACGCUGUGUGGAAUGUCACCCUUCAGUGGUACGCCGGAGACUUGGCGUGCAGGGUCCUCAUGUUCCUGAAGCUGGCCGCCAUGUACUCAUCCGCCUUUGUUACGGUGGUGAUCAGCUUGGAUCGCCAGGCUGCCGUCUUGAACCCGUUAGGAAUCAGGGAUGCAAAGAAGAAGAAUAAAAUAAUGCUGUGCGUGGCUUGGUCUCUGAGCUAUCUACUGGCAAUCCCACAGCUCUUUGUAUUCCACACAGUGAGCAGAUCCGAGCCGGUACACUUUGUCCAGUGCGCAACGGUGGGCAGCUUCCAAGCCCAUUGGCAAGAGACCAUCUACAACAUGUUCACCUUCUUCUGCCUCUUCCUGCUGCCCCUCCUCAUCAUGGUGUUCUGCUACGCCCGCAUCCUGAUGGAGAUAACUCACAAGAUGAAGGCAGCUUGUGUUUCUUCCAAAGAAAUCGACCUUCGGCGCUCAUCAAACAACAUCCCCCGGGCUCGGAUGAGAACUUUGAAGAUGUCCUUGGUUAUAGUGCUGACGUUCAUCGUGUGCUGGACACCCUACUACCUCCUAGGGAUUUGGUACUGGUUUUCCCCAGAAAUGCUGACUAAGGAGAAAGUUCCCCCGUCCCUCAGCCACAUCCUCUUCCUCUUCGGACUCCUGAACACGUGCCUGGAUCCCAUCAUCUACGGACUCUUCACCAUCCACUUCCGACGGGAGAUCAGAAGGGUGUGCCGAUGUGCCGCCCAAGGAAAGGACCACGACACCGCCUCUUUGGGCACUGGGUCGUUCCGGAUCUCCACAACCACCGUGCCUAUGAAGAGGGCAGUUCUGGGGGGCUCCGGUAAGCUUGAAUUAGAGGUUACGGGGUACGGUCUCCAUUCAGGAAAAUGUGAGCAAUGUCGGGGAAAGAUUAUGGAGAGUUUCAUGUGAACAUUGAACACAAGCACAAUCCAGACUGUGCACCCCAACGGGCACCAUUUAUGGACACAACACGACCAAUCGGGGGCUCAGAUUCCUCAGAGCAACGAAUUUCACUGCCAGACAGCUCUCUCUUCCCGACCUUCACCUGGAUGGAUGUUUGGGGAGUUCCGAUCACGCUGGGAAAGCAACGCCAAUUAUCAGACACAACCAUUUUGCCUUAGCCGUGCCGCGCACCACAAACCAUCUCCAAAUCAAUAAAAUUCAGGUUGGA